CCCUAUUUGCACAUACAAGUUUGCUUGCGGGUUUUCGAGACCCUUGUAUGAACCCUGGCAUACGCCCUCGACCCAGUGUCGACACUAUCACACAUUCACAUUCUCAAACCGUUUUCUCCUUGACAUCUCCUUCCACUUCUCCUUUAUCUUCUUUGAAAACUCAUACAUCCCAACUUCGUCGUCGUAACCCUCCAAAUUCAUCUCCCAACAUGUUUUCAUCACGGAAAUAUUCACCUUUACCAACGAGUUCGAACCAGCAUCGGAAACGUUCUGGAGGGGGGUUGCCAAGUUGGAAAAGAUGGAUCAUUUUAGGGACUGUUGUUCUCAUCGUACUUGGACUUGGAUGGACUAGAUAUGGUGGAAGAUCAGAGUACGAUGGGAAGAACGAUUUAGAUUGGACCGAAGAAAACACUUACACUCCCGACCUUGAUGGUACACCUCAAACGAUGGAUGACAUCGAUUAUUCUUCCCCUCCUUUCAUGCCUGUCGACGAGUCUGGAGAUGACGAAGAUGAAACUUUCCAUGCUCUCCCCAUCGAUACUAGUCCACACGAUACGGAAGAAGAUUUAGAACAACCUAGUAACCCACAUGACCCUCUAUCCAACGAGGCGCAAGACGCGACGGGCGCUGAAGAAGAUUUCACAGAGAUUUCCGAUGAGACAACUUCCACCAUCGCUUCUUUCGAAACUGAUCCAGAUCCGUCAUCUACCGUCCAUUGUACCGAAGCGUAUUCUCCUGAAAAACCUUUGGUACAAUAUGCUCUGACUAUCGACGCUGGAUCGACAGGUUCAAGAAUUCACGUUUACAAAUUCCAUAAUUGCGAUCCUUCCCCUUCUUUAGAGUACGAAACUUUCAUGUCUAUCAAUCCUGGACUUUCGGCUCAUGCUCGUGAUCCUACCGCUGCGGCCGCUUCUCUCGAUCCCCUUAUGGAAGAAGCAAUGAGGGUCGUACCGGAAUCUCUCCAUCACUGCUCGCCCGUUGAGGUCAAGGCGACGGCGGGUUUGAGAUUAUUGGGUGAACAGGAAAGUGAAGCGAUUUUGGAAGAAGUACGUAACAGACUUGAGACCAAUUUCCCUUUCGCGGUAGGCGUCUACGCAUGGAUCACCGCGAAUUACCUCUUGGGUAAGAUCGGGGAGGGAUCAGACUCGACCGAUACGUUAGCAGUCAUGGAUCUCGGAGGAGCUUCAACUCAAAUCGUCUUUGAACCUAAAUUCCCUGCGGAUUCUUCGCAAGCUUUGGUUGAAGGUGAACAUAAAUAUUCUCUCAACUUUGGUGGUAAAGAAUUCACCCUGUAUCAACAUUCUUAUCUCGGUUACGGACUCAUGCGUGCUCGUCGUAGCGUACAUAAUCUCGUCGCGUUCACAUGGAGCUUUGGUCGAGGGGAAGUAGAAUGGGACGCACUCAGCGAAGACAUUCAAGUCCCUAACCCCUGUCUUUCCAAAGGCACAAGCAGAAGAGUGGAAUUAGAUCCACCUGGUCGUACUGCCGUCAAUGUGACUAUGCAUGGUGCUACCGGUGGGUUCGAGGCUUGUAACAGGGUGGUGGAGUUGGUCAUGGCCAAAGACGCUAUCUGCGAAGUCAAACCAUGUUCUUUCAACGGAGUUUAUCAACCUUCCCUACUCGAUACAUUCCCCCGUGGUCAACUCCUCGCUUUGUCUUACUUUACAGACCGGAUCAAACCUUUACUCGACGGUUCAGAACUCACCAUCGCUGAACUCACAUCCAUGGCUAAAGACGUAUGUGCCGGUCCCAAGACUUGGGCGAAACGAUGGGGUAAAAACGCGGUCGCUAUGGCUGAAUUAGAAGAUCGACCUGAAUAUUGUCUCGAUUUGACAUUUAUGAACGCUCUUCUUGGAUUGGGAUACGAGUUGACACCUGAUAGAGAAAUGAUAGUUGAGAAGAAGUUGAGGGAUGUGGAACUUGGUUGGGCUUUGGGUGCCGGUUUAGCUUUGGUCGAAAAGGCCAGUUUGACCUGUACUGCUUAG